GAUCUGGCAGCGAUAGGCAGAGCAGCGCACUCGUAGCGUCGGCCUGAGAGGUUCUGAAGAGAGAUCUGACUGCAUCAGCAUCGGAAGGUUUUCCUACUUCUUUGCUCGCAAGGGAGAGCCUCACGCGGCGACGAGUGGGUGAGUUUCAGCCCGUCUAUCUAUCGGCCUUGCAGCUGACGACUCAGCUGUCUGUCAACAGUCUAUCGGGACCUCUGGAGCCUGUUACGACGCUACGCGAGAUGUUGGGCGCCGCUGAUGUGGAGGAGGAGCAUGUGCCCGUGUGGAACCUCACCGUGGAGCUCCCCAACGGCUGCACCAUUCCAUUCGGUAGAGAAAGGAGAUGGGCUGGCUGCGAGGGUGCAUGUGACGUGGAUCGGGGUGUGUGUGUGUGUGUGUGUGCAUGUGCAGAGAUGUCCCCUGCCGCCACUGUGGGGGAGCUGAGGGCCGAGGUGAACGACCUCACGCCCGCAUGCUUCCUCACGGCAGUGCACGUGAGACGCGGCAACACGCAGAGACACUCACUCAUGUGUGUGGAGAUCGUGUGUGUCUGGUCUGGUCUGCGUUGCCUUGUGUGCAGCUGGAGUGCGAUGGCGCCGUGCUGAUGGACGAGGUGCAGCUGAGGGCGGACCCUCGCAUCUAUGACGGGGCAACCAUCAAGCUUGUCGACGGUCAGUCAGUCAGCACACACAGCCGGUUGCAACCACGCCCCACCACGCACACACGCCAUAUGUGCUGUGUUUCUCCCCAUCAGAUCGCUACACCGACGCGGGUGUGCGGCGCCACGUGAGACGGCUCCGGCAGGUCAUGAGCGGCAAGUGCACCCUCACUGCAGCCGAGCCGUCGAUGCAGCCCCCCCAGCCCACCCAACCCCCCGACAGCAGCGCCACACCCGCCGGCAAGGGCAGCAAGGCGGCGUCAAGGGCAUCAGGUGGCAAAAAGAGAGACAAGCGACGGCGGCCGAGGCGUGAAGACGCCGAGAGUGAGGCACCUGAGACCCAGAGAGAUGACGGUGGGGGCAGUGGCAGUGGUGGCGGUGGUGCGUUUGGUGAGGUGGGUGAGGCGGACGGGUUUGAGCCGCAGGACCUGAUCGACGAGAAGCCUGAGGACGUGCUAGCCGUGCUGCUGGGGCCCAAACCCGGCAAAAGGGAACGGACACAAGGGGUGGCCAUGAAGGUCAGCCACAGCACGGCCAGCAAUCUCAUCUCCCGGCGCUCUGCUCUCACAGGCUGAUUGUAUUCCCCCGUGUGUGUGUGUGUGUGCAGGGUGUGCAGUGGCUUCGUUCGAGCGGCUUCAACCCUCCCCCCUCCAGCAGGCGGCUCCGUGGCGAGAUCUGGUACUACGAGGCCCUCACCCUCGAAGGCACUCUCCUGCACAUCGUCGCCACCGAGAACGGAUUCACCCUCUCCAGUGCACAGCCGCAGACACAGCCGGCCACGGCAGCGGCAGAUGGGGGAGCAGCAGAGUCCACUAGCAGCCCGGAGGCUAGCAGCACUGCAGCGCCCUUCGAUGCGCGCGGGGACGGCAAGAGGGCGAGAGACGCACGCAGGAGGGGAAAUGGUACGAACGAACAAACGGGUCACAGAGAGACAGAGAGACACCACGCACUCUCUCUCUCUCUCUGUGUGUGUGUGUGUGUGUGUGUGUGCAGAUCGGUCGCUGGAGACCCCUGACAGCAACGGCAAGAGCGGUGCAGUGACGCCCACCGCUGCACCCACGCCCAAUGGCGGCGGGCCGUUAUCCCCAGCCCUGUCUUCACCCACACAGCUGCCCCCAUCGCCAUACAGACGGCUGGACGACGUCUACCCCCUGCCGGUGCCGGCCGCACCAACCUCCCCACCACCGUGCCCCACCACGCCCAUCGGUACAAACAAAGGCCUGCCGUGCAGUGCACGCCUGAGCACCUUUGUUAUGUGACUUGUGAUGGCUGCAGGUGGGUCGUCACCGCCGCCGCCUUCCUUGUCAGGAGGUCAGUCGGCCUCUCCCUGGCUGGGCCUCACUGUCAGCGGCGAUAUGGGCGCCGGCGGCACGAUGGGCGUGGCGGCUGCCGAAGGGGGCGGCAGAGUGUGCUUCACCCUACUUGCCGACCUGCUGGCGCACUACAGCCCGGCGUUUGCGUCAGCACUGGUGCGGGUGGCGGUUGAGGCGCCGCCAGCGCAGGCCUCGCCGCUCGACAGGCGGUCCUACCUCGCGUCACUGAGAGUGCCGCCCUUCGCCGGACCCUGGGUCGUCAGAGGUGGCACAGCCAGUGCUGCUGAUGGGGAAGAUGCGGACACGGUGGGUGAACAGACAGAAGGGCAGCACAGAGAGAGAGAGGGCGUGGUGUGUGUGGUGUGGUGUGGUGUGGUGUGUGUGUAGGAUGAUGACCAUCCGUUUAGUCCGGAUCGUGUGGAGGGCGUGCUUGAGUGUGAGGCGGUGGGUGCGGCGGCGCCUCAGCGUGACUGGAAUGAGGAGCUCCAGCGGAUCCGUGAGAUGCCAUCCGACACAGAAUUCGCCAAGCGCGUCAGAGACAAGGCAUUCACCCAGGUACGUGCGUGAGGGCUGGCGGACACGGAGAACCAGGGAGGGACAUCUUUCGCUUUGUCUGUUGACGUCUUGUGGUGUGGUGUGGUGGGAUCAGUACUACUCGUCGUUCACACAGGCGUCGGGUGCGACGGCGAUGCGGAUCCGCCACGGGAUGGUGGAGCCCUACCCCACACACAGGUCCAUCCACGGACCCACCGCACCACCACACGCACCCACGGUAAGGCACACACACGCACACACAGGGGACAGCACUCACCGCCCCCAGAAAGGAUCAAGCUGCCUGCCUCUCAUGUCGUGUCAUGUGUGUGGUGUGCAGGUGCCUCCGUGUGACGACGCAUCGAAGCCGGUCUACGUCGACAACGGCCUGCUCUUCACCGCCGCUGGAUUUGCUGAGGAAGACGACACAGACACGGGUACACACAGGGGUGGGUGGGUGAGGCGCCAUGCAUGGCCAUCACACACACAUGCAUGUGUAUGUGUUGGUGGUGGAUGGAUGGAUGGAUGGCAGCUGCCCCGUUCACCCCCGUCCCUCCCCGACUCCCCGCCCAUUGCCGCGGCCUCGGGCGCCAUCUCGGCCGACCCCCACACAGACGUGACGUCGCUCGCACGCAAGCAAGCGCCACACAGCUCAUUGGCAACAUCGACAACUACGAUACCGACAUGGCUACCUCUGCUGCUGCUGGUGGGGCUGAUGGCGAGACCCACAAAGCCGCUGAUCAGGUGGACUUCUCCGAUCCGAAGGACUCGGCGCACAGGCGUUUCGAGCGGAGGAUGGCCGAGAGGCGGCGAGAGCUGACGGAGGAGAUCCGGGAGAGCCGCGCCAUGGCGAUCGCCAUCGAGGGCGACGAGGGUGAGAACGCCUUGGUGCAGAGGGAGGUGGAGAAGCAGCUGCAGAAGGAGAGGAGGGCGAUACUGGCGUCGUGCUUCCCUGGCGGCAUCUGUCCCGGCGUACCUCCGACGAGCCAGGCCACCAAAGACAAGAACGUGUACACGCCUGCCGUGUGUGUGGUGGACUAUGGGGGCGUGAGGUUCCUGGCCGAGAGCCUUAUCCCUGGGGCGCUUGACGCACGGCCGGAGAGGUCAGAGGGAGGGCUGGCAGAGAUGGAUGGGGCGGUGCGGUGAUAGCGGUGCGGUGAUACUCGAGUGUGUUGUGUGUGCUGUGCAGUGUGGUGUAUGGUCUGUCGGGUAAGAGGGAGUUCGGUGUGCCGUCGGCGGAGACCAAGAAGCUGCUGUGGAAGAAGGUACACCAUACGUCUGAGCUGCUCACUGCAACGCGACACGGUUGUGGAACGAACGAAUGCAUGGCAUGGCUGUGCGUCAGGUGGGUCGGCACAUGGCCUAUCAGCCUCACGACAUCGUCGACAAAGAUGGGCAACAGGUGGGUGGGUGCACACUCAACUCACACGUGUGUGGGGGUUGUCUGUCUGUCUGUCUGUCUGUCUCACACGUGUGUGUGUGUUUGUGUAUGUGUGUGUGUAUGUAUCAGCACCGUGUGUUGCUGCCUUGCGAGAGCAAGCUCUUCCGGGGCACUGACGGGCGGCAAUAUCUCACCGGCUUGCAGAAGGCCACACCAAGAGACCUCAACAGGUGACAACGAGCCGCACACCACACAACACAACACAAGAUCCAGCCUUUCUCUGGUCCCCCUCCCUCCCCCCGUUGCCCCCCUGCCCCGCGCAGCCCCUCCCCGCGCGACGCGUCCUUCAUCCUUCGCCCCGAGAUCGUGUGCGACUACCUCCAGCGGCGGCAAACGCAUUUACAGAAGCGCGACAACAUCAAGAAGGAGGCCACCAUCACCCCCUCAACCACCACAGAGGCAGAGGACACGCCAUCCGCCCCAUCCAACUCCACCAACAACACCAGCAGUGGCGCAUCCACGGCGGCUCACGAUGCGUGGGAUCCCCCCUCUGAUGACGAGAUUGAGGACGAGGAGAGUGCCUGGAUGGGUCAGUGCGACCGUGAGCUGCAGGAGCAGAUCAAGAAGCGGCAGUACCAGACCCGCCAGCCGGUGGAGCACCGGUACCACGCCAAGGACGCCCUCCCGUCAUUCUACGGCGCGCAGAUCUGGUACGGCCCCUUCGAGUGGCCCCUGCACGACGCGAGGCGCAAGUACGAGCACAACAUCCUCAGGAUGAGACUCAAGGAGAUCAGCAUCCACAGGAACGCCGACGAGCAGCAGACACAGCCCACGGCUGACACAGCAGCAGCAGCAGCAGAGGCGGCCAAUGGGGGUGGCAGCAGCAAGGACGGUGGUGGUGGGGGCGGCGCCGACGAAGCAGAUAAUGACGAGGGCAAGAGGGCGGAGCGAGUCGAGCGGUGGCUGAAGGAGAGGGAGGGCGAGUUGCUUCACUACCCCCCUCGCGUCUUCCAGAUCAACCAGGGCACUCCCUGGCUGCCCAUCCCACUGGUGCCCGAGCGCAAGUCGGCCACACGGACGGCUGCUGAGAGGCGAAGCGCCGAGUCUCACGCGGCACUCGAGGCGAUGGCUGGCGAGGUGAAGGAGUACGCCAUUCCGGAGCUGUGUUGCGUGCUGGCGGUACUGCAGCAGCACCAGCACCUCCCGAUGGACUCGGAGCGGCUCAAGCAACUCUUUCACCGCUAUGGCGUCAACAUGCGGUACCUUGGGCACGUCCUGUCGCGCAUCGAGCAUACCGACACUCUCUAUAAUCAGCCUUACACGCACCAGCAGCAGAGAGAGCAGCAGCAGCAGCAGCCCCACUCGGUGCCGGCCGCGGAGCUGCUGCUGCGGGACAUCAUAGGGCGGUCGGCCAGCUACCACUUCAGCCGCAUUCUCGCCCAGCAGCCCGCGGGCGCCCUUCUCGCCACAGCGGCACACCUGCUGCAAUGCCUCUUCGGUGACAGCGAGCCUGAUGCAGAGGCCACCGUGACGGUGCCCAUCGAGGCGUCCCUGCCGGCCGCCCUGCACUCGAUGACCCAAGACCGGCUGUGGCGGAGCAUCUGCGACCGUGCCAAGAAGCACUUCAGCUACGUGCUGCCGGCGUCUGUCGUCCACUGCACCCCCCUCAACCGCCACGACGGACGGUUCGCCAUCCUGCGGACCAUCUGCAGAAAGGUCGGCAUCUGCAUCAAACACACAGCCCUGCGCAAGGUCGUCAAGCAGUACGUUGCACCGUGGCCGUCGCCACACGAGCUGCAACAGGGGAGCGGACCUGACAACAACAAGCAGCAGCAGCAGCAGCAGGCAGCCCCCUCCCCGCCCCCAUCAGCCACGCCGCCCCCCACUCCCACUCCCACCCCUCCGGCCCAGACAGAUGAUGGGCUCCCUGUGUCAGAGGAGGCCACCACAGCGGCUCCCGACGGGCCAUCGGCGGCGAGUGACGAGCAGGCCGACAUCGACAAUGCGACGCUCUCUUUCGAGAUGGUGGAUGAGCAGCAGCAGGAGAGUGACGACCAGCAGCUGGAGAGUCAUGAGACAGACAGGGAAAGGGACAGGGAGAGGGAGAGGGAGAGGGGCACCGCCAGCCAUGGCUUUGUGAUCGUGUCGAGCGACUUGGUGGGGAUGGUGCCUGUGGUCAAGUGCGAGGGGUGGGGUGCGCUGCGGUCGGUGUGGUCGGAGAUCGUCGCUGCACAGAUUGCCGGCAUGCAGGAGUUCAUGGCGCUCGCCAUUCAGUCCUACGAGAACGCCAUCAAACUCAUUAAUGAAAACGGACGGGCCGUCUCACGGUGAGCAAGAGAGAGAGAGCAGUGAGAGAGACAGAGAGGGAGGGAGGGAGGGAGGGAGGGUGAGUGAGCCACACACCAACACACACACACACACGUGUAGUCCUGUGUCUGCCUGUCUGUCUGUGUGCAUGGCUGCAGCGAGGGUUACAUUUGCCACAGUGGGCUGGGGCACGUCCACAUGCACGCCCAGCACUUUGACCAGGCGGCCCAUCACUUCGCCACCGCCCUGCUAAUUCUGGAGGCUCUCGAGGGCGCCGACCACCCCGACGCCAUCGAGAUGCACCAGAACCUUGGGCUGUGCUGCAUUCCCAUCCUGCAGACCUUCCAGAAGCACACCCCCCCAGCUGUGUGGAAUUCCUACCGACUCCGCUGUCUGCGGCACUUCAAGAGCGCCCUGCUGCUGCAGCGGGUGUGGGCGUGCGCCGAGAACCAGCCCCUGCCGCAGCUCGAGAUCAUCUACUUCUACAUCAAGGCGGCGUUCAUCAGCUUCUCACAACAGGCGCUCGGCCUUAGUGGCGGGACAGAGGGGAUGAUGGGAGGGCUGCAGAGGGGGGCAGCAGAGGACCAGCAGCAGGCGGGCGGCCUGGCGGUGAUGGCCAUCCCUUAUGUGCACACGCUGGCCUACUACAUGGCCCACAUGCUCAGAAACGGACAACACGCGAUGCAGGACAGAGCCCAAAUACGCGUGAGCAAAAGAGAGAGAGAGAGAAUGGAUGGAUGGAUGGAUGGACACUGUGUUGUGUGUUGUGUGUGUGGAUCGCUUCACUCUGUGGUUCUGUCUGUCAGUACCAUGAGUGCCUUCUGCAGGUGUUCCAGCAGUUUGAGAACUACAAGCAGGCACUGUACCACGCCCGCCAGCAGCGGACCCUCCUACUCAACAUCGUCCCCUCCAAGCACGAGAAGAUUCAGGUCAGUGAGGUGCAGUGCGCCUCGGGGAGGCGCCCCGCCCGUGGUGGGUCAGCCGUCCGGUCACCCAAUCCAUCGGCAGACGGAUUCACCACACCACAGAUGUGUGUGUGUGUGUGUGUGUGUAUGUUUAUGUGUUUAUGUGUAGGAGCUGGACAUGUUGCUGCAUCAGCUGACGCGCAAGGCGGUGCAGACGGCCAAGCGGGGCACCCCCUACGGCCCCUUCGCCUCCAUCGCCACUGGCGGCCCAUUCCCCUACCCCGAGUGCUCAACCGAACACCGCACAUACCUCCUCAGCAAACUCAGAUCCGCACUCGGACAGGCAAGAAAGCAUAAUAUAUGCGGCCCACUGCAGCCACACGCCCCCCUGUGUCUGUGCGUGGCUGCAUGUGUGUGUGUGCGCUCCUCCACUCAGAAGCGGUCGUCUCGUCACAGCCGUGCGGUGCAGCUCAACGCCCGGCCGGACCCCAACGCGCCGCUGGUGGUGCCCGCCGAGGCCAUCGCGCCGAACAGGGGCCUCCCGGACAAACUGCCACCGGGCACAAUGAUCAAGCUCAACACAUAGCUGAUGGAUGGAUGGAUGGAGCAGCCAGUGCAUUGUGGUGAUCGAGGCGUGUGCAUGAUGGUGUGCCGUGAGUGCAUCAGGUGAUUUUUUCGCUCUGUGUGUCUAUGUGUAAGGAAUCGGCCGCUCUGUGUGCGUUGGUGCGUGCGUGUCGGCCGACUGUUGACAAUGGGCCCGGCCCCAUCAGACAGUCUGAUGGCUCAUACUCCCUCGUUUUGGCUGCCAAGCUUUGAAUCCUUCGGUCGCUUUGUGUGCGUGUCUGUUUGUGUGUGUUGUGUGCCAUUGACGCGUGUGUGCGUGAUAAGACCUACCUAUCUCAGAAGGCUCUAGGCAGGCUCCUCUUUCUCCCCCACAGACACGUAUACGCAUUUCUUGGGUGCGUCGGCCGGCCGGUCGGUGUCCAUGGCCGUCAGUGUCUCUGUCUGGGCUGCGUGUAUCUGUAUGUGUAUGUGUGUGUGUGAGACCCAUUUGACAUACAACCAAAAUGACUGACAAUUCACCUUCAUUAAUUGCCCACCAUAUUCACCGCUCACACCGACAGUGACAGCUUGUUGCGAUGUGGGGAUUAGUGCACUCUGUGCAGGAGACACGAAGGUCAGUGUGUCUGUCUCAAUCAAC